AUGUUAAUCAGUCUGAUCUUUUUAUGUUCUGCAGAACUGUUGUUAAUCUCUUAUCCGAUUAUCAAUGGAAAGCGAUCACCGAUCAGUCUGAAAGUUUGUUUCGAUAACGAUAGUGCGUCAGAUGAAUGGCUCAUCUUUCUCAAAAAUGCCACCAAAGUGCCAUUGGCUCCACACAUCCCUAUGUCGAAUUUUCGACGGAAACGUCGUAGAAUAUUGGUGAUUGUGAAUCCAUUCGGUGGCCAGCAGAAAGCGUGGAAAAUGUGGCAAGAAAUCGUCAAACCAAUUUUCAUCGCAGCACAACUAGAUUAUAAAGUUAUUAAGACGGAAUGUGUAAAGCAUGCGCGGACAAUCGCAAACGUCGUUCCACUGGACGAUUACGAUGCAUUAGCGGUGAUGAGUGGUGAUGGGUUGAUCUCUGAGGUUAUCGAAGGGUUUUUACUGCGACCGGAUCGAGAACGUGCUUUGAAGAUGCCUAUCGCACACAUUCCUGGUGGAACAAGCAAUGCACUCGCAGCUUCGAUUUGCUUUCAGUGCAAUGAGCCGUUCGCUCCACGAGGAAUAUUUUGCCUGGAGGCAGCGCUGAUGGUUGCCAGGCCUCGAUAUUUGCCUUUGCGAAUAUGUCAUGUUCAAACUGAAAAAGAUGGUGACAGAAGCAUGUUCCUAUCGAUUACGUGGGGUUUAGUGGCUGAUAUUGACAUUGGUAGUGAGCGAUUUCGAUGGGCCGGUAUGGUGAGGCUACACAUGGAAGCGAUCAUCCGAAUCGCUCAGUUACCGUCCGUAGCACGCUACAAAGCCCGUGUAUCAUACUUACCGAUUUCGGAUGAAAAACUGAAACGAGCCACCAGAUUGAGGCAUAUUGUUGCUCGAAAGCUGUUUGGUGAGGAUCAUUUCAAGUACGAUGAAAUCAGUAAUAUUGGUGAAGAGUUCAAGAGUGGAGUAAAGGCUGAUGAUAUGAGCGAAGCAUUUCGUGAUGCUGACCUUCUUGAGAAUCGGCGGGUACGAAUUAAUUUAAUUGGUCAAAUGUCGAAAACGAUUUCCCUGAACUGA